AUGAGUUCCAUCACAGAUGCUGAAAAGCAAAUCGAAGCUUCAAACCCCAAUAAAGUCGUGGGUAUUGACUUGGAGGAAAUUGGCGAGCGCGAAGGUUAUGUCUUGAACGAUGCUGUUCUUGCUCAAAAAAAUGGUCUCAAGACGGCGCCUGAUGGCACUAUCCUAAUUCCUCAACCGAGUAGCUCGCCUAAUGAUCCUUUGAAUUGGUCGCCCUUCCGCAAGCAUUUAUUCUUGAUUAUUAUCUCGUUAACGGCUUUCUUGCCUGAUUAUGGUAGCGCAACUGGAGCUUUGGCCUUGCAGCCACAGGGAGUUGAGUGGAAUAUGGAUCCCAAUGUUGUCAACCACUCGCAGGUUGGAAACGUAUUUAUGGUCGGUGCUGCUGGUCCUAUCAUCGUCGCAUUGGCUGCGUAUUUCGGACGCUUCCCUCUUCUUUUCUGGUGGACUUUGCUGGCUGUCGGUACUGCCGUCUGGUGUGCUGCAGCCAAAAGUUUUGACUCGUUCAUGGCUGCUCGAAUUCUGAACGGUUUCUUCUCUACUGUCGCACAAGGAGGUGGUCUCAUGUUCAUCAAAGAUAUGUUCUUCUUCCAUGAGCACGCCCGCAAAAUUAAUAUUUGGUCCGGUCUCAUCGUCAUCUCCCCAUACAUGGGUCCCCUCCUCGCAGCCUUCAUUACCGACACACAGAUCUGGCAGUGGGCUUUUGGUGUCUACGCUAUCGAGACCGGUCUUUGUCUGAUCGCUAUCAUCCUCUUCAUGGAUGAGACCUAUUAUGACCGCAAGACUGGGCAGCCAGAGCUCGUCACCAGCGGUCCUCGCUGGCAGCGCAUGAUCGGUAUUCAACAAUACCGCACAAAUUACACUCAGAUCUCAUUCAAGAACGCAUGCAUGCGCCCUCUCACUAUGAUCUGCAAGCCUGUUGUGUUCAUCAUGACUAUUUAUUAUUUACUUACAUUCGCCUGGAUCGUCGGUAUCAACACCACGCUCAGCAUCCUCCUCACCCCCCUAUAUGACUUCCAAGCAAAGGCGAUUGGCUUUUUCUACUUCACCCCCAUCGUGGCCGCAAUUCUCGGUGAAAUAUCCGGCCAUUGGCUCUACGACAUCAUCGCCAAAGAAUACGCAAAACGCCACAACGGCCGUCUCGAUCCCGAGGCCCGUCUCAUCGCGAUCUGGAUCACACUGCCCUUCAUGGUUGGUGGUGCCAUUCUAAUGGGUUUCUCUCUGGAGCGUCAUUACCAUUAUAUGCUCACAGCUCUAGGCUGGGGCUGCUUCGUAUACGGAAUUAUGAUCGUCACCGUCGCAGUGGCCUCGUAUCUACUGGACGCCUACCCCGAAGCCAGUGGCGAGGUCUCUGCUUGGGUGAAUUUCGGCCGUGUGAUCGGUGGAUUCAUCGUGUCUUACUUCAUGGUUGAUUGGUAUGAGAAGCAGGGCGCUAUUCGGCAGUUUUCCAGUAUGGCUGGAGCUGUUGUUGCAGCGUUCCUGCUUGUGGUUGGUAUACAAAUUUGGGGCAGGAGACUAAGAGCUUGGUCUGGUCCUGCCAACUUUACGACUUAA